AGCAUAAUUAAGUCAUGAAUUAAAGCAUUAAUAAAGUAGUAGUGUUCAAGAAUUUUUCACCUUCAACAAUGGCUUAUUACCAUAAUCCAACUUUUUUCUUGUUAUUACUCAUCACUUUGUCGUUAGCAAGCAACUAUGCAAUUCAAGCAGAAGCACGCCAUAUUCUUGAAAUAACUUUGCCUGAGCUUCCUAAGCCUGAAUUGCCACAUUUACCGGAAAUCCCAACUUUGCCUAAGCCUGAAUUCCCUGAAAUUCCAAAACCUGAGCUGCCAACUCUGCCAAAGCCCGAAUUUCCUGAAAUUCCAGAGCCAAAGUUUCCACCAAUCCCAAAGCCAACUGAACUUCCAACGAUGCCAAAACUCGAUAUUCCUGUCAUUCCCAAGCCUGAAGUGCCAACUUUGGCAAAACCAGAAAUACCUCAAGUGCCUAAAAAACCUUGAGCGCAUGGACGUAUGAAAUUUCUCUUUGCCUUAUUGAAGCAACAUUGUUAAAAUGUCACAUUUCAUUAUGUUAUGUGAUCAUAUAUGUUUUCAUUAGUUGUGCUACAAUCAUUUCCAGCUCCCUGUUUUGAGGGGAUUAUUUAUGUAAUUGGUUAUGUAAUUGGUCUGUUAUCAGUUCACUAAUAUAAUGUUCUUGUGUUUCUAGUGGUAUUAUA